AGCAGGAGCUGCUGCAGCUGCACACACAUCAAACUUCCUCCUCCCUCUCUUCCUACCUCCUCCUCUUCAUCACUGCAGCUCUCUCAGACAGCAGGUCCACUGGAUGGUAGAGCCUUUUCUUCUUCAUAGACACACAGACAGGCGCGCGCACUGGAUCGCUGCUCGGGCUGCGGGACUGGAAGCUGGACGCAUUGUGCGCAUUUCCACAGACCUCGAUGAACCGUGUGGAGGCGAUGCGCUGAGGCGCACACGGCCCAGGCUCUCCGGUUGCGCGCUCAUCCAGCUAACGGAGAGGGGGUGGACUGCGGUAUAAAGGAGGCAGGGGAAGAAAAAAAUAAAAGGUUCCUGAUCCAUAAAGGUUGUGUCUGAGUCAAAAGGAGCGCGUCUCCCCCCCUGAUCAGGGGGCGAUCAGCGGAGAGGUAGAAGUAUAUCCAAACGAUGGCCACCUUACUGCGGAAGAUCGGUCUGAUCCGCCUGCACGACCGAGACACGGAGGACCCGAAGCACCACCAGGGCUCGCUAAAGGGGACUAAAGGGAACCAGAAGAACAACGCCAAUAAACACUGUCAAACCGCCAACGAGACCAACCUGCUGAGCACCCCGGAGAUCAAGGCGAGGAAGCUGGACCAGCACGGCAAGGACAAGCCGGCUGGCAAAGACAAGCAGGGCAAGGAUGGGAAGGAGAAGCAGCAGACCGGGGGGAGCGGGAGCAAAGCCCCCAGCGCCUCCUCCCUGCCCCCGCCGGCGCCUCACCGGCAGCACUGCACCCAGGUGAGGACGCGGCGGCUGAUGAAGGAGCUGCAGGAGAUCCGGAGGUUAGGGGACCACUUCAUCACGGUGGAGCUGGUGGAGGACAACCUGUUCGACUGGAACGUCAAGCUGCACCAGGUGGACAAGGACUCGGCGCUGUGGCAGGACAUGAAGGAGACCAGCACCGAGUUCAUCCUGCUCAACGUCACCUUCCCCGACAAUUUCCCCUUCUCGCCGCCCUUCAUGCGGGUCCUCACGCCGCGGCUGGAGAACGGCUACGUGUUGGACGGAGGGGCCAUCUGCAUGGAGCUGUUGACCCCCAGAGGCUGGUCCAGUGCCUACACGGUGGAGGCGGUCAUGAGGCAGUUUGCUGCCAGCCUUGUAAAAGGACAGGGCCGUAUUUGCAGGAAAGCAGGAAAGUCCAAGAAAGCUUUCAGUCGUAAAGAAGCUGAGGCCACAUUCAAGUCCCUGGUGAAAACCCACGAGAAGUACGGCUGGGUGUCCCCGCCCAUUUCCGACGGCUAGGUGUCCAGCUGCCAUCGCUCCAACACCUGUCCUAGCCAGAGGGGGAAAGGAAAAAAAAAACAACAAAACAAAACGAGCUACCCUCUACGUGCAAAACAACACACCACGCUAACUCAAAAGUAUCUCAUUUUCACUUUUGGCUGUUUCACUCAAGAUAUUUUUUUUUCAUUGUUUUUGUCACCACACAACUACAGAAAUGACAUUUGUUGUUUUUGUUUUUGGUGGUGCAGGGAGUUCAUUUUUUUGUUUUUUGAUUUCUUCACCUUCUUGCCAAGGGAUUCUUUCUCGUGGUGUAGAAGAGCGAGAGGAGCGUGUUCGUGUAUGAAUGUUACCUCAUAAGAGAUCAGCUGGGAAUGUGUGUCACUACAACUGGAAUUAUUGUUGCUGUGUUCUUUCUUUUUUUUUUUUUUUUUUAGCAAACGCCAAUGUACGUACACUCAGACAAAUUGGAUAUGCGAACUUUUUUUCCACCCAUGUUAAAGACUACUGAAUGAAGAAGACUCAUCUUUCUCACCAGUCGCACUAAACCGGCUACAUUCAACCAUUUGUGCAGCUCUUGGGUCAUUUAAAUACAAAUGAAGCUGUUAAUGUUUAAUAGUAGGGCAGCGCAGUGGCAUUUAUACUCACUCACUCGUUCUCUAUUUAGUUUUUUUUCCCCCUUAGCUUUUGACUGUGCCGUUGCUCACGGUUCAAUGCAACAUGAAGAUUGUAAUUUACACAGAGCUGUGCUCUUACUCUUUCUUCUUUGACUCGCUUUGUUUCUCUUUUUCCUUCUCUUGUGGCUAAACUUAGAGCUCAGUGUUGCUUAGAUGGA